AUGAGCGUCACGCUGCAUACGACGCUGGGCGACGUCAAGAUUGAGGUGUUUUGCGAGGCGGUGCCGCGGGCGGCUGAAAACUUUCUUGCGCACUGUGCGGCGGGCACGUACAAUGGUGUUUUGUGGCACCGCAACAUGGCUGGCUUCAUGGUGCAGACGGGCGAUCCGACCGGGACAGGGAAGGGCGGCGAGUCGAUCUGGGGGCGCCCGUUCGACGACGAGAUCCGGCCGACGCUCAAGGUGCGUUGGCGCCGCUUAUGCAGUUCCACGCGCGCGGCAUGGUGGCGAUGGCGACGGGCGGACCGAACGCCAACCGCUCGCAGGUACGCCGGGCGCCUGACGCAGUUCUUUAUUACGUACAGCGAGCAGCCGCAUCUGAACGGGAAGUAUACCAUCUUUGGCAAGGUGAUCGAGGGCGCCGAGCUGGGCGGCACGCUCGAGGCGAUCGAAAAAGGGCCCGUCGAUGCGAAGCACCGGCCGGUGCCCGAGAUCCGCACAGAGAGCGUAACGAUUCAUGCCAAUCCUAUUGCACAAAAAGCUAUGCAGAUGUAG